AUGUCUGAUGAAGAGCACCAAGAGAUUACGAGCUACAGCGCAUUACAGGGAAAUGAAGGAGACGUUUUGUCGUCUUCAACCAGCUCCAUCUCUAACAAAUCAACGAUAAAUAAUUCGCCAAUUGAAGAUGGCAAUAAAGUGGAGGCUACCCAAGACAACCACACAAAUAAUGACGAAGAGUUGGCAAAGGAUUUGGAAAACAGACGUGCAUUGAUCAAAACACUAUUGAGUGAACAAGAUUGGAAAGAAGGUGACACAUGCGUUGUUAUUCCGAAAUUGUUCAUUGAUUCAUUUUUCACCACGCAAGCAAUGUCCAUUGAUGAAUUGAGAAAUAUUCUUGGUCCUAUGGAUUUUCAUACAAUAGUUGACAACUCGGGCCAACUUUUUCCACCAGAGAACGAACCCGCGCCAACAAUAGCCGUAUCCCAAAACGUCUUUCAGCAUCUUUCAUACUGGUUUGGUGUAUUGGGCCAACCCCUUGAAAGAUCGUUCAUCACCAAUCCACAGACAGGCGUUGUGGAGAUUGAGAGGUGGCCAAUUGCGUUUGCGAUACACUGUAUAGGAAAGAAGCCACAUCAACCGGCAUACUUUAGACACGGUUAUUCACGACAUAAUCACCAUCACCAUAAUCAUAAUCAUGAGCCUGAGAAUGAAGGACCUUACUUUGUUUCAGUGUCAAGAACCAAAACCUUUUUGUACUUGCUUGAGCUCAUCAAAGACCAGCUUUUGAAAUUAUCAAAAAGAUCAAUUGAUGAUUUUAGAUUGUGGUUUGUUUCCGAUUCCAAGCAGAACGAAUUGCCAUACUUGAUAACAACAACUAACUUUGUCUACAAAAUUUCCAGAAAGAAUUUGGUUCCUCCAAACGUUCUCAAGAGGACUUUGUUAUCUGAAGGUGUUGAUGAUAUUAUUUUCCACGUGGUGAUUGAAUACAAGGAAAAGAGCAACAUGCAAUUCCCUAUUGACACAUUUGUUCAAUCUCGUAUUAGUGCAGAGGAAAACAACUUGAAAUUAGGUGGUCAUAUGGGGCUAUCCAAUCUCGGAAACACUUGUUACAUGAAUUCGGCAUUGCAGUGUUUACUUCAUGUUCCAGAAAUCAAUCAGUAUUUUUUUAACAAUAUAUACCAAAAAGAGCUAAAUGUUGACAAUCCACUUGGGUAUAAUGGAGACGUCGCAAACGCUUUUGGAUCCUUGUUGAAGCUGGCUUUUGACCCUGCAAAGAGCCUGUCGAGUAUGUCACCUCGUGAUUUCAAGCACACUAUCGGUAGAUAUAGCUCCAUGUUCUCAGGAUACUUGCAACAAGACUCGCAAGAGUUUUUGAGCUGGUUACUCGACGCAUUGCACGAAGAUUUGAAUCGUAUUCAGAAAAAACCAUACUGUGAGAAGCCAGAGUUGAAGGAUGAUGAAGUGGACGAUAAAGAAGCAAUCGCUAGACUCGCAGAAACGUGUUGGAACCAGCACAAGCAAAGAAAUGAUUCUGUGAUAACGGACUUGUUUACAGGGUUAUACGAAUCGAUAUUGGUGUGUCCGGAUUGUGGCAAGACAUCAAUAACAUUUGACCCAUUCAGCGAUUUAACCUUGCCGUUACCCAUCAACAAGAAAUGGUAUCACACAUUUACGGUUGUUGAUUAUUCCAAAACACUAGUGAAUGGGAUCCUGAAAGUUGAAGUUGAAUUGAAGACCACCUCAAAUUAUGAUGAUUUGAUCAAUUAUUUGUCCAAUUUUCUCAACGUUGGAAAUGAGAGUUUAUUUUUGUACGAAGUGUUUCAGCACGGAAUAUAUGCCGAUUUCCAAAAGAAUCGAAUCAAGAAUAAGUUUUUACCGAUUAGUGAUCUUAUCAAAGAUGGCGAUGAUGUUGUUGUCUACAUUAUUCCUCAUAAUACCGAGACUGAUGUGAUUAUUCCCGUGUUCAAUGUGGUGGAAGAUAGCGACACACUGUACCGAAUGGAAAACUAUUUUGGCAUCCCAUUGUUUAUCACUCUUUCGAAGGAUCAGUUGAACAGUUUUGGCACUAUUAGACAGAAAUUGUUGGAAACCGUCUCCUUUUUGACAACUGUUGACCUUGUUGGUGAAUAUGAAUUGGUUAAGCAAGAGAAUGAGAAUUACACAGGUAAAAAAUACUAUAGCAAGCGGGAUUUUCCAACUUUGGCCACCGAGGAAAAUGGCAAGGCAGAAGAUGAAUACGACAGUGAUGUAUCAUUGGCCAAUCCCUACGUUGAUGCCGAUUUCGGGUUCAAGAUCAAGUACAUUUAUGAUUGCGAGAUUCCAAGUAGCCAAAAGUCUCGCUUCAGUUUCAAUUCCGAUAGCCAUGCAUCAACAACAACUAUUCAUGUUCCUUUACACAAGCCUGCGAUCAGCACCUACAAGCUAUUGUCCGAGAAAUUACCACCUUCAAAGAGGAUGUACUAUCAUUCUCAAAGGGCCGGUGGUACACUAGCAGAAGAAAAACCAGCAGAGGAGGACAAGUCACUCUCAGGUCCUGAAGAGAAGCUCGACGGCUACUUGGUGCUGCGUACAAACACGCCACAAAUUAUGCCAUUGGGAAGAGACGAGUGGAAUGACUCUAAUGAAGCUGUGGCUUCAAUUGAUGAGCGUAUACAAGUUGAAGGUAAGCUGGAACUGGAAGCCAGUAACACCCUUGAGCAAAGUUUGCGACCCGCUUUACCACCACGCCACCAACCAAACUCGAACCUCAACUUGUCAGAUACCGAGAGUGAGGGAAUGUUUGGCUCGAGCUCAUUUAUGCCGCCACAAACCGUUUGUCCAGAUCUGACAAAGCCCUCAAAUAUCAACUCACCAUUGGAGUCCAACUUUGACGAGGAGGCCAAUACCACUACGACAUUGGUGAAUCGAAGUUCAGUUUUGUUGUGUGAUUGGGAUAAGGAUAUUUAUAUGAAGUUGUUUGGUAACACUUCACUCACUACGUGGGUCACACCCCCAGAGCUUGUGAACCAAGAGUUAGUUGAAAGCAAGGCGAGGUUUGAGCGCCAACGGAAAAGCAAAAUAACUUUGGCCGAGUGUUUGAGAAGCUUUAGCACUCCUGAGGUACUUGGUGAACAUGAUUUAUGGUACUGUCCUAAUUGCAAAGACCAUAAGCGAGCUACAAAAUCAAUUCAGAUUUGGUCAACUGGGGAUAUUUUAACAAUUCAUUUGAAGAGAUUUCAUAGUGCUCGUGCAUUUAGUGACAAGAUUGAUGUUGUGGUUGAUUUCCCCAUUGAAGGUUUGGACAUGAAGCCGUACUUGGCUAAUCCAAGCGUACAAGAAAAAGAUUGCAUUUAUGAUUUAAUUGCAGUUGACAAUCAUUAUGGAGGAUUGGGCGGAGGUCAUUAUACUGCGUCAGUGAAGAAUUUCAAGGAUGAUAAAUGGUACUACUUCAAUGAUAGCAGAGUUACAGAGAUCAACAAUCCAGAAGAGCUUGUAUCUAGUGCUGCUUAUUUACUAUUCUAUCGCAAAAGAAGACCUGAUAAUGAGCUGCUAGGAGGUGACAAUUUACGCGAGAUCCUCAAACGUGGCGAAGAGGAGUACAAAGCUAAGGCUAUCGAAAAAGAAGAAUUGUUGACCGAUUUGCAAAAACUGAUUGACAAGUACCACUCAGCAUUACGAUUCGAUCAAAGUCAAGACGGGGAGAUUGACUAUGAGAGUGAAUUGUCAACUGGCGAGGUUGCUGAUGAAAAAAGUAGCGGAGAGGAGCAUGAAGUUCCAAAGCCAGCCAGAAGACAAAGAGUAUUACUGAAGGACGGAGAAGAUGGCCACUGCUCGUUGCAUCACAGUAACAGCAAACGACAGAAAAUGAACUCGAGCCCUCCUGAGGAUGCUGAUGUGCUGCUGUCUGAAAACUCCGAUUUGAAUGGGGAUGUGACAGGUAGAGAGACAUCAACAACCGAAGUGAAGAUAGAUUAG